AAAUUAUUGAGCUUGUUCUCCAGUCCCCCACCACGCAAUCCAUUUCCUUCGGGUGCUGCACCUUACAUCCGCCGGGAACCUUCAAUGAGUCUCCGGUAGCAACCGUGACAGCUCUAGAGAUAGUGAGAGGAUCUCUAGACGCUAACACUCAAAACUCAACAACGGUUCCCGCGGCGCCGUCAUGUUGGUGACAAAACCGGCUGCAGAGCUUUGCGCUCUGCUCGUUGAUGAACUCCAUGGCGAGCUCCCUUCCAGAAUCUUUGCGAUGCUCCUAAGCAAAGGCCGCUCGACCGUUCCCCAGCUUUCCCAGUAUACAUCUAUGACGCCGCGCCAGGUUCGCCAUGGCCUUGCUGUGCUCCAGCAACACAACCUGCUCUUCUACCAUGUUGACCCCGGCGCUGAGUUCGCAUACUACGAGGCGAAUCCCGACCAUGCCUACAACCUAAUCCGCAGUGGCAAGAUUCUUGAAAUGAUCGACACCACUUUCGGAGCGCCGGCCAAGGACGUCAUGCAGAGCCUCCUCCUCUCGGGCCAGACAAGGAUAUCGGAUCUGGUCGCCGCGUACCAGGAGAAGAUUGAGCAAGCAAAUAAGUCAGCGGCUGGUGUUGGGAAUGAAGACGAGGUCGGGGCCGAGCCGAACGGUCUACAUGGGGAUUCUCAGUCGUCCAAGAAGACCGGACCGUUAGUCAAGAGCACCGCCCAUCUCAACAGCAUCAUCUGUCGGCUGGUGGAGGCCGAGCUGAUCGACGUCGUCCAUGCCAAAUCCUUCGAGAGCCCGGAAGAUGUUCUCAAGAGCGUCGAAAAGGAGGUCAUGGACAAAUACUUUCCCAAUGGAGUGAAGGGAAACAAAGCCAAAGCGGAGCUACAGGAGAGGAUCGCUGAAGGUCUGCGCAAAGUUCGCGGCGAGUCCAAGUCGCUCAAGCGCAAGCUGGAGCAGAACGGCACGGCAGCGAAAAGACGGAAGCUCAUGUCUGGUAUUGGCGCGGUGAACGGUGUCCAAGAUGAGGAUAUGGACCCUGCGCUUGAUCCGAGACAAGUUAUCCGGAUAAACUACGAGAAGUGCCUCGUCGAUCUGCGCAACCGACGGCUGGUCCAAUACGCAAGCGACAUGAUUGGCGAAACCACGGCAUACGUUUACGGCAUUUUGCUAAAGCUGCUCACUAAAGACGUGCCGCGUUGCCGCUUAGAUCCUGUGCUGGAUGCCGAGAACGACAAUGACGAGGGCGAGAAGGGCCCGGGGUCCGUCACGACCGAGCAGAUUCUCGACAAUUUGAAGACGUCUGUCGACCUUUCUCUGGGGAUAGGGAAAGCAGAGAGACGGCACAUUUCCUCAACCGCAGCUGAGAAGAUCGAGCGGUACCCGCCACAAAAGAAGGUUUUGAUUGAGGAGGCCGAAGUAGACGGUGAAGCCAGCGCGGACGAGGAUGAAGGCGACGACGAGUCCAGCGAGGAGUCGGAUUACGAAUCGGAUUACAAAGCGCCGACGACCAACGGCACCAACGGCGUGAACGGGACGAACGGCACCAGGGUCAAGUUUGAAGAUGCCACGGCACCCAAGGAGCGCCGAAUGGACCGGCCUACUCAGCUCCGGCAACACCUCCUCAUCCUUGCGGAGAGCACGCAGCACUUUGUGCGACACUGCGGUCCGGACGAGUGGACGGUCGACUUCGGCCCCGUCAUGAACUCGUUGCGCGAGGCGGAACUUGACUCUGUGAUUGAGCGUACAUGCGGCCGGCAGGGCCUCCGACUGGUGCGCAUCUUGCGUGCAAAGGGGAAGCUCGACGAAAAAGCGCUCCCCAACGUGGCGCUCAUGCGCAAGCCAGAGCUGCAGCAGAAGAUGCUCGAGAUGCAGACUGCCGGCUUCGUCUCGGUGCAGGAAGUCCCCCGCGACGUGAAGGCCGACGUCAAGAAGUCCUUCUUCCUCUGGUACUGCGACAUCGACCGCUCCCUCAAACGGCUACUAGAUACGAGCUACAGGACGAUGGUACACUGCCUUCAAGUUCUGGAGGCGUUGCGUCAGAAGGAACGGGACGUGCUGGAGACGACCAAGCGAACCGACGUCCGGGGCCGCGAGAGGGACAUCAUGCGGAAGUCAUACUAUGAGCGAUACUCGCGGUUCCUGGACUGCGAGCGGAAGCUCUUCGCGCAGGUUAUGCGUAUCGAUGACCUUGUCUCGGUGCUCAGAGAUUUCUAAAAAGGUCAACCCGUGUAUCCG